UGCGCAGGCGCGAAGCUCUGCCUCCAACAGCAAGAAGCAAGGAGCCAGCCAAGAUGGCGGACCUCGGGAAAAAGUACUGCGUGAACUGCCUCGCAGACGUAACAAACCUGCGGCUCCGCUGCACCGAGUGCUCGGAUAUCGAGCUGUGUCCGGAGUGCUUCUCGGCGGGGGCGGAAAUCGGCAACCACCGCCGAUGGCACGGCUACCAGCAGGUCGACGGUGGCCGCUUCUCGCUGUGGGGUGCAGAGGCUGAGGGAGGAUGGAGCAGCAGGGAAGAGCAAUCGCUGCUCGAUGCCAUCGAGCAGUAUGGCUUUGGAAACUGGGAGGACAUGGCUGCUCAUGUGGGAGCAUCCCGCACUCCCCAGGAGGUCAUGGAGCAUUACGUCACCAUGUAUAUCCACGGAAACCUGGGUAAGGCCUGUAUCCCCGACAACAUUCCCAACCGGGUAACGGACCACACCUGCCCCAGCGGGGGGCCUCUGUCCCCCAGCCUCACCACCCCGCUGCCCCCCCUGGACAUCAGCCUGGCGGAGCAGCAGCAGCUGGGCUACAUGCCGCUACGCGACGACUACGAGAUCGAGUACGACCAGGACGCGGAGAAGCUCAUCAGCGGGCUGUCCGUGAACUACGACGACGAGGACGUGGAGAUCGAGAUGAAACGAGCCCACGUGGACAUGUACGUGCGGAAGCUCCGAGAGCGCCAGCGGCGUAAAAACAUCGCCCGGGACUACAACCUGGUGCCCGUGUUCCUCGGGAGAGACAAGAAGGACAAGGAGAAGGAUAAGCCGGGGGGUGUUGGAGCCGUGACGGCCUCUGGGGCCGCGGGCGGAGCGGCGGUGGGUUCUGGAGCGGCGGGAUCCGGCUCCACGACCGCGGCGGGGUCGGCCACCCCGAGUACCCCCAAGAGAAAGAUCACCAAGGAGGAGAAGGAGCAGCGGGUCCGGCUCCGGGCCUUCUGUCAGUUCAUGGCCCAUCGGGAGUUUGAAGACUUUUUCGAGAACAUGCACAAGGAGCGAGUGCUGAGGGCCAAGGUGCGCGAGCUGCAGCGCUACCGGCGCAACGGCAUCGCGCGGCUGGAGGAGUCGGCCGAGUACGAAGCCGCGCGCCACAAGCGGGAGAAACGCAAGGAGAACAAAAACGUGGUCUCCUCCAAACGCGGCGGAGCCGGAGGGGGGCUGAGCUCGGGGAUGGGACUCGGGAGCGGAGCCGGAGGAGGAGGAGGAGGCGGCGUGGGAGGGAUCGGAGCGGGAAGCGGGAUCAAAGAAGAGGGCAAAGAUGGGGAAUUUGCAGCUAUUGAGAACCUGACGGGUUUUGAGCUCUUGUCGGACAGAGAGAAGGUACUGUGUAAUUCUCUCAACCUCAGCCCCACGCGCUACCUGACUGUGAAAACCAUCAUCAUCAAAGAUCACCUGCAGAAAAGGCAAGGCAUUCCAGCCAAGAGCCGACUACCGAGCUAUCUGGACAAGGUUCUCAAGAAGCGCAUCCUCACCUUCCUCACGGAGAGCGGCUGGAUAUCCAGAGACGCCUCCUAGCGUUUGUUUCCCAUCCCUCGAAGGCGGCGGACGAUUGCGGGUAGCCGAUAAGCCAAAUGCUCAAGGGGCAGGACAGAACUACAGGCUUUCACGAUCUACUCUUACAAUUGUUUUUCCAGGGUUAACUUUGUGAAUAUGUACAUUUGAAAAGGAAAAAAACUGAUGACUCGCUGGAAAAUGUGAUAUUUUCGUAACAGAUUGAAGUACAAAUGUAAGCAUAUAUUUUUGCAUCUGAAAGGCCUGAGGAUAGCUAAUAGCUGUGGGUGCAACGUGCUUUUCUGCCUACAAUCAUUUGAAAUGCCAGUGACGGUGCAGCUUCAGAGUUGCUUUGGGGUCUUGGCAACGGAUUCUUGCAGAUAUUGAUAUAAAACCAACAGUAUGAAUUGGAAUAGGAAGGAAAAGGGGUUUCUUGGACGUGCAGUGUUCCCGGUUGAAUAUUUCAUGACGUUGUGAUACACCCCCUGAAGUGCACUUGGGGACAUAUCCUGAGUGAAACAUGGCUGCAAACAGAAUUUUCCGGCACUUGCUCAUUGUACACCUCAAUCCAGGCUCACACAGAGCUGCUCAUUUUAAUAUUUACACUGAUUUUAUUUCACUGCCACUAUAGUUGUAUCAAAGCUGGGUUGGCCGAGGAGGAAAUGCCAAAGAACAGGUUAAAAGUUUUGGAAAAAGCAAACAAUUUCAUAUACAGUUUGAUUUGUCUUUCAUUUAAGGUUUCCUGACAGACUUUGUUUCCCUUUUAAUUGUGUGAAAUACUGUCUAUACUAUACCGACACUAUCGGCUUUCAAACACUGCUAAAUCCCUUUGGCUUUGGGAUAGAAAUAUAUGACAGGAUUUAAGGUUUAAUUGUAGGGUUUUAAGUUUGUAAAUUUGUUUGGAAACUCAUGGAAAUGCGCGUGUAGUUAAAAAAAACCUUUCAAAUCAGAACUUUUAACUGUAUAUCAGCAUCUACAUCAGCAUGACCUUAACGUUGAACAGAAAAUAGGAAUUUGACCCAAUAACCUCGAUUAUUGUAUCAUCUUUGCAUAGCUUUGAAUGUUUUGCUGUUUUCAUGGCACAAUACAGGUGACAAGGAAAGUUUACAAGUUUGGCCGCCCACUUCUUUCAGCUUCCACGGUGGAGUGUAAAACAGAUCCAGCAGCCCCUGAAGUGGCUCGUUAGUUUUCACCAACUACCUUCACUUAGCUUGGAGGACAGAACCUAAACCUCACAAAUGAUCCUCAUCAGUUUUCAGCUCUGAAUGUUCUUUUGUAGGUCAAGCCGAGCAAGUGCCCUCACGUUGUUGAAAUGUAAGUCACAUUUUAGUCGUUUCACCACCGGAACUUGUGCUAAAAUAGAAGAAGAAGAAGACACGAGAAUGUGUGAGCCGAUGCUGGAGAAUCUGCCUGUGUCUCUCUAUCUCAGAUGUAGUCAUCCUCUAGGGUUGUAAUACAGGUCUGGAAUGCCAUUUAUGUUUUGUUGCAUAGAACAUGUAUCACUGCACUGACAUUAAUAUACAGUUUUGGUCCAGAUUUUACUUCGGAUUUUUAAGAUUCAAUUAAAAAAAACAACAAUUGAUGGAGCUGGAUGCAAAUGCAUACAAAAGUGGUUCAACUUCUGCCAUGUUUAAGAUGCUUUCCUUGCUCAUCGUGAGCCAUUCCUUUGAAUCCGGCCCGUUAGAACAGCUACGGCACGGAGGACAGUGUUCAUGCAGCCAUCAGCAACCGCCGGAGUGCAAUAGUUGCAUUGAUCCUGGACAGAAUUAAGGCCCAACAGAUGCACUUUUCCAUCUACUCUUGUCAUAGUUUACAGUGCCUCCUUCACGUCUGAGUAGAGUAGAAACAAAUGUGCAAUCUGAGUUUGUAACUUUACAGGAAUAUGUUUUAAUGAGCCCCCAACAACAUGAGCCGUUAACCCAGUCGGCAAAUGUUUUCAGAAUUGGAUGUUAGACCGGUCAGAUCUCAGAUCAGCUUAAAUCCCCGUAGUGGAGUUUUAUUGCAACUAAAAAAAUGCUUUGCUAUAAACUCAACACACACUGCAGAUGUGAAAUAAUUAGGUUUGUUUGCAGUUGUGGACAAAGUUAACAUAAAGUUACCAUUUCAACUUAGACUGUCAUGAUUUGAGCACCUUAUGUCAACGGUAAAUCUGAGCUGUCGCCAUGGCGACCAUGCCAGCAAGAGUGAGGGGGGACUCGUCCGGCUGUCACAAACCGUCUUCAGCUAAAGUUUGUACAAUUACCAGGCUAAAUAUAUGUGUGCUGGUUCUAUCACUGUGACAAGGUUGGUUGUUUUGUUUUUGUAAUUUUGUUUUUUUGUUUUUUUUUGGGGGGGGGGGGGUUAUUGGGCUCCUUACAAAACCUUAUCCAGUUCUUCUGAUUCUUUUAGUUUGAAUUGGCAGUUAAAGUACCAUAAGUCCAGGCAUGCAGGGGAAACGUAUUUAUGUGAUGUAAGCCAAAAAAAAAGACUGAAGCAGUUAUUAGAUACGCAGCUAGGUAGCAUGGUUGUUUCAUCCCAGUUCCUUUUUAGGAGCAGAUUUACAAUAUCACACCGUUAGGUUCAGGGUCAGCUCUCCCUCACCUUCAAUAUCUUCUGGUUUCAUCAUAUCAGCUCUUGCCUAAAACUGCUGAACAGAAUGUCAGUGAAAGACUAUUUCAUAGUCUUAUUUUGUACAGUAUAUUCCUCAUAUGCUUAACACACUUUAAAGAGAUGAUUUAAUCCAUUUAAGCACCAAGCCCUCGGUGCAGUUGCACCCCGCUCCCAUCUAUCUGUCGUCUCUUUUCCAGUAAAAGUGCAGAAGUAUUUUUUGGUAAGGAGAAUGUAAUGUUUAAAUAAAGUUUGGGUGGGUCUGGGGGUAUAAUGGUGGGAUUUGUGGAAUUUACAGUAUUUUUGUCAUGGAAAUUUUAAUACGUUUUGUAUUUAAAAGAAAAUGGAGGACAAUUGAGAGCAUUUUAUAAAGCGAUACUUCCACUGAUGGAAUACUGUCUGCUGUCAUGGUUCAUGUCUCAUUGUGUUGAGCUGGUUUGCUUUUCUAUUACUUUGUUGUUUAUAAGAUAU